CAUCAAAAGGUCCGACCCCUGUCUCCCACGAGCCUCGGACCUCUACAGUUAACAAAUCGUAGUCUGACGGCGCCAUGUUUGUUUAUUUUCUGGUUCAGUAUGAGGCAAUAUGAGUCCAAAUGUAAUAUUUAUCUGAGUGAUUUCUUUUUUGUGUUUUCGUUUUAGCACCCUGCCCCCCCCCCUCCUUCAGCCCGCCCUGCCUCUUGUUUCAUCCAACUAGCCCUUAAAAAUAAAAGAUACAAGACAGAUAGCUUUGAUGUACCGAUUCGUUGUAUGGAUUAUUUAUCUCAGCAAGAAUCUACUAAGAGUCUGUGUAGUUCUCUUCUCUUAAUCGUCUUCUUUACGUAGGUCAGUGAUAAUUAACGAUGAAAUCUGUCUAAAAGUCUAUAGACAAAAGGUUCUAACAAAUUUAGUAGAGACGUCACCAUGAAGUUUUUGUUCAUCUUGAUCUUUAUAUUUUUUACUACUCUAAAAGCCAUGCCCCCUUCCUAUUUCAUAGACAACCAACUCGGUCAGUCUGUACCUUUGACCAACGUCCAGCACAGGGAGAGAGAAGAGCUUAGAAAAGAACUGCUGCUGCUCAUGGGGCUGCCCAAAAAGCCAAAGGUCAAAGCCCAAAUCAAGCACAUUCAGUCAGCUUCUACUUUUAUGUAUGAUCUCUACGAGACAAUGUCGGAGACGAAUGACCCGGGUCUCAGAAACCAGCCCUCUGCGCCCAAAGCCAAAGCUGAACGUUCAGACAUGAUCGUGAGCUAUGUCAACAUGCCCCACAAAGUUCGCUACCCGAGAAACGAGCGGGACCGCGUUUUUUACUUCGACUUCCAGGUGUCUGAUGGCGAGCGCGUGAAAUCCGCAGAGCUACGCCUGUACAAAGAGGCAGUCAGAGGCGAAGCUUCCAACGAGUUCACUCUAAACCUGUACGAUAUCAAGGUAGUCUUAGAAGAUGCCUCCAAAGGACUGGAGUUAGAAGCCACCCUGAAAACAUAUCCUAGCAAAAGGGGCUGGAUCAGUCUGGACGUGACGCAAGUCGUGCAAAUCUGGGAGCUUUUCCCGCUUUCAAACAAUGGUCUUUAUCUCAAAGUGACCAACGCGACUGGACACGGUAUCGAGCCGAGGCAUACAGGAAUCAUAGGCAAUAAAGGGCCUCCUGAAAAGCAAGCUUUUUUGGUCACCUACAUGGAAUCAUCUUCCAAACUUUUACGAAAACGAAGAUCUUUGAGGAACAGGCUGAGAAAAGAGCCCCAAUUCUCCAUAAAAGAAGUUCCCUAUUCUGUCCCGAGCAUCCAAAACGUCUGGAACGAAGGUGUCUGCAGGUGGCACAACUUCUACAUCAGCUUCCGGGACAUUGGGUUCGAUGACAAGUUUCUGAUCGCCCCCGAAGGGUACUACGCCUCUUUCUGCGCCGGCCAGUGCCAGUUCCCCAUGGACGUCAACUCUAACGCCACCAACCACGCCGUUAUGCAGAUGCUGGUGCACACCAUAAGACCAGAGGCGGCGCCGGUGCCGUGCUGUGCGCCCAAAGACUACGGGAGUAUCUCGCUGCUGUACUACGAUGACAAGUCCAGUGUGGUGCUGAGGAGGUUCAAGGACAUGGUAGUGAGAACCUGUGGAUGCCAGUAAAAUAAAUACGCAUUGAAACGGUACAUUAAAAGUUUGUUACUUUCAAAACUAAUGUUGGGUCCAACUUGUACAUUUUGUUCUUUGAAUGCAUCUACUAAAACAUUACAACAUUAACUAGUCCCAGAGGUAUUUAGAUCAAUAGGCUGUAAAAACAACGUUAGAUUAGAAAUAGCAAAACGUGAAUUCUGGGAGACAAGUUUUGAAAACUGGAUAGGAUUAAAUUUGUGUAUAGUAGAAAGGACUACUUUUUUUUUCAAUUUUUUAGUUUCUUUUUUUUUUCGUCAAAAACGAAUAAAAAAAAAAAGACUUUUAAUAUAUAUUUUGUAUAGCAUCAUAUUGACUGUAGACCUGAUCUCUUUAUGAUCUGUAUUUAGUUUUCCUGCACUGAAUUAUGUGUAUAGCUUUUAUAUGUUUUAAUCAUGACCUGUUUCAUAUGUAUAUAUCUUUUAUUUUUUAGUAAUAAACUGCUCUAUUUGUGUUUA